AUGCUUAACCUCAUAAACUCGACUGCUCCACAUGACUGGAACCCCGAUCAAAUCGACGUAGGUACGUACCUCAGUUCCAAUAGCGAGCCUCAGCUCAGCUCAGCGCUAUCAAAUAUCCACAAAAGAACCACACUGGUGGAAGGAAACGACCACCGCCCCAGGUCGCAAACCAUGCGAUCAUAUUCAGGCUCAUCACAUACUACCACGAAGUUAUCUAUCGACGAUCUCGCUAAACUUCACGAAAGGCUAGUCCAGCAAGGUUUUAGCCACAAAUCGAACUUGACCCACUUGCCGGACGGGCCCGAAUGUACCCCCGGUCAGCGCUCCAUCGGUCAAACCCUUGAACACUGCCAACGAUUCGUCUCAAUCCUAAAGCGGAUCAAAUACCAGCGGCCAGGAAGCGAUAGCGAGAUUGUCUUGGAUGGUGUCCGGACCCGGGGGCAUGUACCUAACGGUAUUCGCAGCACUCAUAGUGUGACUACAACUACAGAGACGACUACAUCAGCCCUCGAGCUCCCAAUACUCUUCUCCAUCCUCUUCUGCUACACAUCUAUUCUGGCUUCCUACGAAGAAAUUUUUCUUUCGAUAGUCAAGGCCGUCAAAGGACCGACACCUAUAAUUCCGCCAACGCUUAGCAGCCUACGGAUUGACGGAUUUGAGCUUAACGGGCAUAACACGUUACAACUGGAGUGUUUGCUUAACGUGAGUUAUACGCUUUUAGAAAAGGUAGAGGGGCUCUUAUUUGGGUCUGGGGCUGCUCAGGAGGGUGAUGGUAAUGGUAGUGGUAUUAUCCCAGAGAAACUGGCUACAGGACUGCGCGAUGCGCUGCUUGAGGCUGGCAACCGCGAUGAGAAUGAUUUCGCUAAUGGCUGUGGGAGUGGGAACAGCGAGGCGCGGGUAAAGCGGUUGAUAAGGAAAAUUAAGACGGUCUUGGAUGGGAUAGAUCUCUGA